AGUUGACAUUUGGAUCGGGCUGUCGUUUUCAAUCUGAAAUUUCUAUUUAUUAAUUUUAAAAAUAAUUACAAGUUUUAUGUUUAGUUUUCUCCAUCUCAAUUCUCAACAGAAUUUGUUUCCGGUUAACAAAUAUUUCUUUUUAAGCAUUCUUAGAGUUGCCAAAAAAUAUUGUGUAAAUACAAACGUGCACGUAAGUUAAAAAGUAAGAGUAAAUAUUUUUUUAAAUGAUUAUUAAGAUAAACAACAUAAACACUUGACUUGCAAUAAUUUUUUGGCUCAGGUAGCCGAACUUAACUCGAUGUUAGGGUAAAGUCGCCCACCCUCCUAAAUCGGUUAAGUGGGGUCCCCCGCUUCGCUAAAGUGGCAUACAACUGACACAGGGGGUGUCGGGUCUCCCCAAUCCGGAGGGGAGCUUCAGCCUUGGACCGUGGGCGACGCCUGUUGGUAGGGGAAGGGAUUUCGAGUUUCAUUUUUCGCCUCUACUUUCUAACGGAUGCCGUGUGUAGUGUGUACUGUGUAACAAAUUCGCGCCGCGGACUGUAAACUUUCUAUGUGGUGAUGGAUUCUAGUAAUAAAGAAGAUAUGGAGUUGAUGUUAAAACGGAGUCUCUUAUCCAGAAGCAAACUGGCAACAAUCACUAAGGAUUUGGAGGGAGUGACUCGGUACAUUUGUAUUGUGUGCAAUGUGCAGUAUGAUGACAAGGAGGAGCUAGAAGUGCAUUUGUGUUCUCAUUUUAAAGAAUAUAGAUUCCUGUGCAGUAUUUGUGGAACAGGAUUGAAGAGGCGUGAACAUUUAGACAGGCAUAUGCAAGGGCAUAUGGAAGUAAGACCAUAUUCCUGCGAAGAGUGUGGCAAGGCCUUCAAAAGGAGAGAGCAUCUUAAUAUUCAUAAAUCUAUUCACAAAGGUGUUAAAACUCUUCAGUGUUCUCUAUGCAGUAAAAGUUUUUACCGCAAGGAUCAUCUACAGAAACACAUACAAACUCACAAUAAACACUUUUUGGAGCAAAAUAUUAUACCAAUGAGUGACCAGGAGCUAAGCAUUAAGGAGGAGGUUGAAGAUGAUUUUGAAGAUAUAACACCAAUUAUUACAAGUGUAUCUGGCAAUGUCACAGAUCCAGAUGCAUCAAUGGAGUCUGAAGAGUACGGAAGCGAUCAGCAUCAGUCUAUGGACGAGACUAGUAUGGAGCAUUCUGAGGAACAUACUGUUACCUUGGACCACAUAAAGAACGCCAGGCCAUUCGUGUGUAGUGUAUGUGGUAAAAGUUAUAAGAGAAAGGACCAUCUGAAGAUACAUAGCUGGGCACAUGCCAAGAAGGAGGUGAUCUGCAAGCUGUGUGGCAAAGAAUUCCACAUGGAGGAGCAGAUGUUGGUUCACGUCAAUAUGGUGCAUCUGAAGAGUCAUGAAACCGCCAGUCUGUCACAUUUGCAGACUCUGCUCGGGAAUGAUAUCGAAGUGGAAAUACUGAACAAUGAACACCUCGUACCCCGAAGGGUGAAAGAAGAGCGUGCGCACGAGUGUAAUAUUUGUCACCGGAAGUUCAAGCGGAAACAGCAUCUCAAAGUACACGCAAACGUCCAUCUUAAAAAGAAACGAACGUACUUUUGCAAUGUCUGCCAUGAGGGUUUCCAUGACGACACCGAUCAAGCGAAUCACGUGUGUCCGGGUCUUGUUAAAAAUGAACCGGAAGAAGGGGAUGAUGAAUAUGAAAUGGAACAAAACGGACACUCUUCAUAUGAACAGACGUCGCCCAAUGGAGACGCGAGGAAAGAAAAUUAUCCUCACGAUUUACUCGAGGUGGUAGUAGAAGAGGCAGUGAUACCUAGUCCACAGCGUGUGUUCGUGUGUAAAUACUGCGGAAAAGCUUUUCGGCGCAAGGACCAUUACAAGAUACACCUACACAUACAUACGGGACACAAAUCCUUCUUCUGUCCUACUUGCGAUAAAGGUUUCUACCGCAAGGAUCAUUUACAAAAGCACAUGAUAGUUCACGCGAAGAGCAAAUUAAAGUUGCCAACGAAGAGUCAAAAAAGUGCGCAAGAGUUGAGACCCCCUCCGCCAUUUGACGGGCCCCUUAGACAGCAGCAGGGACCCAAGAAAAAGAUUCCCGAUCUCUUGCCCAUCGCAAUCAUGAAAGAAGAGACGAAAAAGAUCACAGAGAGGAAAGACUUCUUGCCAGAGAUAACGAUACAUGCACCUUCAUCAGCUAAAAUUCGGGUUCCCUUACAAAUGAAAGUCCCAUACCAAAUGGUGAUGUCUAUGGACAAUGGGGAACAACGGGCGGUGACGGUUGACCCCACACAUCCCCAAGAACCCGAAGAGGUAGAAACCGAAGAGAUAUUACCAGAUUAAAUGGAGAUUGCUAACCUCGUCAUAUUUAAACUUGAAUGAUUUUUUUUUACCUAAUAUGAUUGGGAAAGUUUGAUUUUGAGGAUGGUCACACUACCAUAUUAAUAUACAUAUUUUAAAACUAAAUCAGUGUUUAGGCGAUCAUGGCACUUUUACACUUACGAAUUUAUUGAGUGAUCCACUUUCCGAGCUGGUGUAAAUAUUGAUUUAAAAAUGCUCUGUAAAACUUUUGAGUCUCGUGGCUGGAUCGUAAAAUUGUUAUUUCUUGAAAUGAUAAAAAAAUCGUGGUUGAAUAGUAUAUUGAUAUUUUUUAAUAUGUUGUACAUCGUCAUCAUGAAUUAUUUUAACAUUUUCGCUCCCAUAUAAAUCAUAUUAGGAAACGUACGUACUACGUGACGUUAGUUUUUUCGACCCCCCCUCUCCCCCUUUAGUUUUCACGUAGUUGAAAAAAAAAAUUUGACUCAUACUCUCAUACAUAUGUGCGUCAGCACCACUAAUUGUUUUCACCAAGUUUACAAAGCGCUAAACACUGCGCGCUAUAUUCGAAUAUAGGUCGAAAAAAUACGAGAUUUCUCUCAGUAAAAUCAACUACGUGACAAAACCUUAGCCCCCCCCCGCUCCCCCCUCUAAACGGGUCACGUAGUAUGGGUACGUUCCCUUAUCUGAUAUAAAUUUUUAGUUUUGACGUAAUCUAUGCCGCCAUUAUGCAACAAAGCUACACCUACAUUUUACGAUUCACUAACUAGUGGCCAUGUUUUUGUUGUUUAUGUCAUUAAACGAUGAUCAAUCAGAGAUUAGUUCAUGAAAUGGUCAAACGGUUAACAAAAUAUUAAUUUUAGAAUCCGGUCACGACAACACUAUAUUCACGUUUUGAUAAUUAAUAGAACUAUCCCAUGUUUCGCAAUCACCAACACGAGACCUUUUUGUAAGUUUGUAUUUGUUUGUGUAUUUAAUUAAGUCUUAUGACAUUGGUUUAACUACAUCCGGUAGUUAAAAGUGUUAUAAGACUGAUUUAUAUUUUAGAAGCUACUAUGAAAUUAUACGAUUGGUUUUAUAGAGUGGUUUACGUUACGAAUCAUAUUCGAAUUUAACUAAUUUUCUAGUUUCGUUGUCGAAUCAUGAAUACUCGAUAUAACGUUGUUUUCUUUACAAAAGACAUUUUUUGUUUGGACGAAUACGAAUAUUAUUCGAAAGCGUACACGUAUACGACGCGCUGAAACUACUAAAAAACUUGCAGUGCGUUUUUAUUAUUUUUGGCUGACUCAUUUUAUUAUAAUUACACAUUGCCGAGGUGUACACAAUUUUAGGUGACCAUGAAGUUCUUAAAGUAAUACGACCAUGCAUUGUUUAUUGACAAGUGGUAGAUU